AUGGCCGACAUGGAACAACUACUUGGUGAAGCUUGGAGCCCAAGUAAUUUUGAGGAUGCAGUCUCUUAUGAUGUUGAUCCGAUUGGUGAAACCCAAAUUAACUUUGAGAAUGAGGAAAAUACGAUGGCCGACAUGGAACAACUACUUGGUGAAGAUUGGAGCCCAAGUAACUUCGAGAAUGAGGAAAAUACGACGGCCAACAUGGAACAACUACUUGGUGAAGCUUGGAGCCCAAGUAACUUUGAGAAUGUGGUCUCUCAUGAUGUUGAUCCGAUUGGUGAAACCCAAAGUAGCCAAUUGUCUAACUGGUCCCAAGCGAUAUUAGAUCAGCUCCUGGUUGGUGUAUAA